CUGGAGCUCAAUCCGCUCACUGGAUCUUCAGCGACAGCAGGAGCUGCGUUCGGACCGGAGAAUGAUCGCUGCCCGGAGAACAUAGAUGCGCAAAGCCUCUGGAAUAACCGAGAGCUGGAGAGGCCAGAAAGCACGGCUGUGGGGGAAUAUAGCCUUCAUUUAAGCUCUACAGAUCUACAGUGAAGCUAUGGCGGUGGAAGAAGAAGGUCUUCGGGUCUUUCAGAGCGUCAAAAUAAAAAUAGGGGAAGCAAAAAACAUCCCUCCAUAUCCAGGGCCAAACAGGAUGCGAGACUGUUACUGCACUGUCAACCUGGACCAAGAAGAGGUCUUCAGGACCAAGAUCGUGGAAAAGUCACUUUGUCCUUUCUAUGGGGAGGAUUUCUACUGCGAGAUCCCUCGCAGCUUUCGACAUCUCUCCUUCUACAUUUUUGACAGGGAUGUAUUCAGGAGGGACUCCAGCAUUGGCAAGGUGGCAGUGAAGAAAGAGGACCUGCAGAAAUAUCAUGGGAAAGACACCUGGUUCCAGCUGCAGCCUGUCAGCGCUGACUCAGAGGUGCAGGGAAAGGUUCACCUGGAGCUGCGUCUGAGUGAAGUUAUCACUGACAGUGGCGUGAUCAGCCAUAAACUGGCCACACGAGUGCUGGAGUGCCAGGGCCUUCCAAUCGUCAAUGGACAGUGUGAUCCUUAUGCUGCUGUUUCCUUACUCGGCCCUUCGAGGUCUGAGGCCAAGAAGACCAAGGUUAAGAGGAAAACCAACAAUCCCCAGUUUGAGGAAAUUUUCUAUUUUGAGGUAACACGGCCACUGAGCUACACAAAGCGGCAGUUUGAUGUUGAAGAGGAGGAUGUUGAUAAACUGGCACUCAGGGUGGAUCUCUGGAACGCAAGCAACCUGAAGUUUGGGGAUGAGUUCCUUGGUGGGGUACGAGUUCCUCUGCGGGUUUUGGGCCAAGCUGGAGUCCAUGAUGCCUGGUACUUUUUGCAACCGCGAGAAAAUGGAGGGAAGUCUGUUAAGGUGGAGGACCUGGGCUCUCUGCGUCUGAACAUCGUUUACACCGAGGACCAUGUCUUCCCCUCCGAACACUACAGCCCCCUCAGAGAUCUGCUGCUGCAAUCUUCUAACGUGGAGCCUGUGUCAGCGUCCACUGCGCAUAUUUUGGGGGAGGUGUGUCGAGAGAAGCAGGAAGCUGCCAUCCCGCUCGUUCGUCUUUUUCUUCAUUAUGGCAAAAUAGUGCCUUUCAUCAGCGCAAUUGCUCAUGCAGAAAUCAACCGCACACAGGAUCCAAACACAAUUUUUCGUGGAAACUCGUUGACGUCUAAGUGUAUCGAUGAGACCAUGAAGCUUGCUGGGAUGCACUAUCUGCAGGUUACGCUUAAACCCAUCAUAGACGAGAUCUGCACAGAACACAAAUCCUGUGAAAUCGACCCCGUUAAGCUCAAAGAGUCGGAGAACUUGGAGACAAACCGGGAAAACCUUCUGCAGUACGUGGACCGCAUCUUCAACGUCAUCACCACCUCCGGCGUCCGCUGUCCUACCGUCAUGUGCGACAUCUUCUUCUCUCUGAGGGAGUCGGCUGCGACUCGGUUUCAAGUUGAUCAAGAUGUCCGAUACACAGCAGUAAGCAGCUUCAUCUUCCUGCGUUUCUUCGCGCCUGCCAUCCUCUCACCAAACCUGUUUCACCUACGGCCCCAUCACCCUGAUCCCGCCACUUCCAGAACGCUCACCCUCAUCUCCAAGACCAUACAGACUCUUGGAAGUCUUGCCAAAUCUAAAUCAGCUAAUUUCAAAGAGUCCUACAUGGCUGCAUUUUACGACUUCUUCAACGAGCAGAAAUAUGCAGAUGCUGUGAAGAAUUUUCUUGACCUGAUCUCCACCUCUGGCAAAUGGGAUCAGAGGAGCAUAGAAACACCGAUCAUGCUUAAGGAGGGAUUUAUGAUAAAGAGAGCUCAGGGCAGAAACCGGUUUGGAAUGAAGAACUUCAAGAAAAGAUGGUUCCGUCUGACCAACCAUGAGUUCACCUAUCACAAAACAAAAGGAGAGGGCGCUCUAUGCAGCAUUCCAAUAGAGAACAUCUUGGCUGUGGAGAGGCUAGAAGAGGAAUCUUUCAAAAUGAAAAAUAUGUUCCAGGUUAUCCAACCUGAGCGAGCGCUCUACAUCCAGGCCAACAACUGUGUGGAGGCCCGAGACUGGAUAGACAUCCUGACCAAAGUCAGCCAGUGCAACCGCAAACGCCUGAGCACCUACCAUCCUUCAGCCUACCUCAACGGACACUGGCUCUGCUGCAAGCUGUCUGCAGACACAGCCCCGGGAUGCACGCCCUGCACCGGCGGCCUACCAGCGAACAUCCAGCUUGACGUGGAUGGAGACAGAGAGACAGAGAGGAUUUAUUCCCUCUUCAGCACAUACAUGACCAAACUGAUCAAAAUGCAAGAGGCCUGCGGCAGUAAGUCCGUGUACGACGGACCCGAACAGGAGGAGUAUUCUACCUUUGUCAUAGACGACCCCCAGGAGACGUACAAAACCCUGAAGCAGAUCAUUUCAGCUGUGCAGACGCUGGAGCAGCAGCACACCAAGUACAAACGGGACAAGUUCAAGAAGACCAAGAUAGGCAGCCAGGAGCAUCCUAUCGGAGACAAAAGCUUUCAGUGCUACAUCCGUCAGCAGUCGGAGAACACCACCUACUCCAUCUAGCAGCAGCUCUGCAUAUUUGUUUUCUCCUCUGCCCAGAGCCAGCAUUUUUUUUAACCUCUAUUGGGAUAAAACUCAACUCCAAAACAGCCCAAUUUGUUGUGCCGAGUUGAAAAUCUGUCUUUUUUUUUCUCUAAAUGAGAUUUUUUUCAAAGAACAGGUGCAUCCAAGCCAAAUAUUUCUUUAAAGGCACCUCUGAAGCUGUUUUGGCACAACAGUUCCCUGAUUUUACUGAUCUGUUCAGUUUUAAGGAACGUCCUGCCAGAGCUAAAGAGCUGCGUGGUGUAGGUUGAACUUUCUUCUCCGAGGGUCUCUGAGCGUAUUUCUGCAAAAUUUGGAGAAACUGACCUCCAAACAGUAGAAAGAAAGAAGCGAUGGAAAAUUUGAGAUAUACACCACAAUGUCCUGGCGUCCUGUCUGCGAUGCAAUGAAAGAACAAAGUAAGCAUUUUUUCCUUGACACUUUUGAUGGUGACCAACACGCACUUUAAUGGCCUCCAGAUCCAUGGAUGAACAAACCUCUGCACAAUUUCAACAUCUGCUUUUAUCUCCUUACUUUUUUUUUUCUUUUUCAAGAGAAAUUCCUCGCAUUUCACCUCUGUUAGACCAAGCCGAAGAAGGAAGAGAGGACUGAAUAUUUUUUCUGCUUUGGGUGAUUUUUGUUCCCUUAUGCACUUGUUUUUGAUUUCUGUCUUUUUUUUUUUGUUUGUUUGUUGCUGUUCUGUAUUGUCUCAGCUCCCCCUGUGAAGCUGUGGGUGUCAAGGGGGCAAAAAGAAGAGAUCACUGGGACCAAGAUAAUCUGAAAGCGGCUCAACAUUAGCUGUGCAUUCUUACUCCAUGCUCCAUUAGAUCUUUCUUUUAAUCUUUUCCGUCAGAACGGUAAACCCGGUUCAGCUCAGAUUGGUCCGACGUGUGACCCAAGUAUCCGUGUCUUUAGCUACUUACUCAGAGUCUUUGUGUCCUCCAAAAUAAUCUGACUACAUCCCCCCCAUAAAACCUUUUUUGAUGUGUUUCAUUAAUUAGCUUGUUUGCUUAUUCUCCACAAAGUUACAGGUUUUCAGCAAAGUAUGUUGGUUUAGAGGCUAAGAUGUUGGUUCAAUUGUCUGUAUUUAGCAGUUAGAAAAACAAAAAACUUUUAAUGACUAACAUUUAUGUUGUUUUACCUCAGAACUUGGUCUUAUUAUGGUAAUGGACUAAGGAAGUUUUGCUUAAACAAAGUCAAAAAAUGCAAUAAGAGCCGUUAACAAUAGGAUUUGGUUUAUUUCUGUAGUUCACCAAAACAAA